AGCACACAUCGACGGCAAAAGCCAACGCUAUUCAAACACUUCGACUUACCACACGACAAGCGAUUCUCAACUAAAGCACCAAUAUGCCUAAGAAUAAAGGAAAGGGAGGAAAAAAUAGGCGUAGAGGAAAGAACGAAAACGACAACGAAAAACGCGAGCUGACCUUCAAAGAAGAUGGUCAAGAAUACGCACAGGUCGUCAAGAUGUUGGGUAAUGGUCGUUUAGAAGCCUUGUGCUUUGAUGGCGAGAAGCGUUUAGCGCACAUUCGCGGGAAGAUGCGCAAAAAGGUCUGGAUUAACCAAGGAGACAUCAUCCUUCUCUCUCUCCGUGACUACCAGGACGAGAAGGGCGACGUCAUUCUCAAGUACACCGCAGACGAAGCCCGCUCUCUUAAAGCCUAUGGCGAGCUUCCAGAGAAUGCAAAGAUCAACGAGACAGAUACCUAUGGCCACGAAGGAGCCGAUGAGUGCAACUUUGAGUUUGACGUCGAAGCCGGCGAUAUCGAUAUCGAUGCUGUCUAAAAAAAGAAAGAAGAAAAAAAAAGCAUAUCAACUAAACAAAAGUUACAAUUUUCUUUUCUCCUUCCAUGGUGAAACAAAUGAGAAAAUACUGCCCUGAAAUAUCUCGAGUAGGGGGAAGAGAGAGAGCGUGUGCAGUUCAGGUUUUCUUCUUUUUUCCCUUCUGGCGUUUAUGAUACUUUUCUUCUUUUUAAUCCCUUCGUUCUCUCUUCCUUUACCAUAAGGUGACUAGAGGCAUAGGGAUUUAGGGUGGGUCGGGGGAAUGGGAAGGUCGGGGUAGUUGGGCCGGGCGGGCUGUUUUUCUUUUUUACUUGCGUACCAGUCCGGUGUGAAUGGUCCGCGCACCGAUAGCUCACUUCACCUCUUCUCUAAGCGACGUCUUUCUGUGAGUUACGAUACAUAAAAUAGAAGAAAAAAAGAGAUUUUGCAAUCUUG